AUGAAUUUCUAUUUUUUAUUGGAAAUGAUUUUAUUAUAUUCAGUUGGAGUUAAUGCGGGUACAAUUAUUGGAAACACCGGCAUUGAUCAAGAUUCAAGCAUGUCGCUUCAGCGCUUGACAGCGCUUCGAGCGCUGAUGGCCAGCCAACCGACGGCUUUAGCAGCAUACAUUAUACCAACCGCCGACGCUCAUAACUCGGAGUAUAUAGCGUCGGCGGACGCCCGCCGGGAAUGGAUAACGGGGUUCACGGGCUCUGCUGGCACGGCUGUGGUCACCGCCGCACAAGCUCUGGUUUGGACGGACGGACGCUACUACACUCAGUUCGAGAAAGAGGCGGAUACCAAGCUCUGGACACUUAUGAAGCAAUCACUACCAGAAACGCUGACGAUGGAGAAGUGGCUCGCAGCGAACCUAGUAGCGGGGUCGGUGGUGGGCGCAGAUCCGCACACCAUGAGCAGGGAGGAGUGGAGUCCUUUGCGGACUACCCUCAAAAAGGCUAAAAUGGAGCUGAUCGCGGUGCCCAACAACCUGGUGGAUGAAGUGAGGAUCCAAUUGAAGGAUCCGCCACCGGCCAGACCUCAUAACGAGAUCGUUCCGCUGCCUGUUAAAUAUACUGGUAAGACUGCUGGUAAGAAGAUAGAACAGCUAAGAGUGAAGCUGAAAGAGAAGAAGGCGUCCGCUCUUGUUUUAACUGCACUGGAUGAAGUUGCGUACACACUCAAUCUACGGGGCAGCGAUAUCCAGUACAACCCAGUCUUCUUCUCUUACCUGGUGAUCACUGAGGACUCGGUUAAGCUGUUCUGGGGCGAUGGAGAACUUCCUGAGACGGUGCUGGAGCACCUGAGUUCCGAGGAGGCGCAGGUCGAAGGGUGUCCGUAUGACAGUAUCGUGGCAUACUUGAAUGGUUUGGCUAAAGAUCUAUCGGAAGGCGACGAUGGAGCCCAUUCGAUCUGGUUGUCGAGCGAUGCGAGCGAAGCUGUACAUCGCGCAGCGUCCGGGGAAAGUGCGCUGAAGAAACCGCUCGAUUUAAUAUCUGAGGUGUCUCCAGUCGCGUUGGCGAAAAUGAUCAAAAAUGAGGUGGAGUUGAAGGGCUUCCGCAACUGUCACAUAAAGGAUGGCAUAGCGGUGGUGCGUUUCUUUAGAUGGCUGCAUGAGCAAGUCGACAGUGGCGGCACCAUCACGGAAAUUGAGGCGGCUGACAAACUGCUGGAAUUCCGCACCGAUGAAGAAGACUUCAUGGGACCAUCAUUCGAGACUAUAGCUGGUGCCGGUGAAAAUGGAGCGAUCAUACACUACAGUCCAUCCAAAAACGGGGAACAGAAGGUGAUCAAAAAGAACGACAUGUUCCUCCUGGACUCCGGCGGACAAUACAAGUGA